CCCCCCCCCGGAUGCAUCCACUCUCUGGGGAGCCUCGCCGGUAGCAUGGAGUCGACAUCGUGAAUAAAGGAGCGUCUCCUCCUCGUCUUUCUGUUGUGAGCCAGCGGAGCCCGGCGCAGACAUGAGGAACCCGCUGGCGGAUGUAGCGCUGGCGUUCCUGCUCUUUCUGGAGUGUGUGGAAGCCAAGAAGUACUGCUGGUAUUUUGAAGGCAGAUACCCCAUCUACUUCAUAUGCCGCUCCUACGAGGACUGCUGUGGGACCCGCUGCUGCGUGAGAGCGCUGUCCAUCCAGAGACUGUGGUACUUCUGGGUGCUGCUGAUGAUGGGGGUGCUGUUCUGCUGCGGGGCCGGCUUCUUUGUCCGCAGAAGGAUGUACCCGUCCCCUCUGAGGGACGAGCCCGCCUUCAAUGUCUCCUUCACCAGACACCCUGCCACAUCCCCAGUUUCCCAGCAGCCGGGCAGCAUGCAGGGCUUCGGGGUCAAUGGGAUGACGGGUGGCGACCCGGGGGUCGCCAUGGCACACCCGGCAUUCGCACACCCGCCGCAGCCCGGCUCGGCCCAUAUGAUGAUGGCCGCCUACCCCCCGCCCCCGUCCUACUGCAACCACCCGCCGCCGUCCUACGAGCAGAUAUUCCACAACAGCGACAAGAAGUAAAUGUAUGGAUGUAAGACUAAGAAGAGGCACCGUAACCAGGGUGUAAAAGCACACUCACACACACACUUUCCUCCUGAUUCCCAUGCAUCACACACACACACGCACCGUCACCUGCUUCACCUCCACCCCCCCGACGAGCUCCAGCUCCACCUGUACACAAGUGAACAGAAACUCCUGAUGUGAUCACAAAGCUUCUCGUGGAAGUGAUUACAUGGUUAUCCCGUUCCAAAGGACGCCGCCGACUGAUCCAGCAUCUCACUGUGAGAUGGUCCUUCACUACAUGAUGACUUCUUGAUACAUGUUUCAUAGUCUGUUCGUUCUCCUGUUGGUGGAGGAAAGGAGAAGAAUCAGCCACUCUGAUCUCUGCUACAUGCCGCUGCUGUUUGAGUGGCACCCGGGCGGGACAGCGACCGGUGACCUGCCGUUGUCCCGCCCAGAUGCCACAGGUUCAUAUGGCCCCCUUCCCUUGGAGGUAGCUGUUGCUAAUGGGAUAUAGGCAGCACCUGACCCUCACUGAAGAACAGGAGAACUAUUCAACAGACAGGCAAAGCUUUAGCCUUGAGUUCAACUUUAGAUCCACAAAUUCUGAGCAGCGUCCUGCCAGAGCGCUGCUUUGGGACUUUUUGGAGUCGGAGCGUGGCCAUUCAAACCUUCAAAGCCCAUCAGGCCCGUCGACCCCUUCACAGCCAUCGCACGCCGCAAGCACAGCUGUGAGAGAGCUGGUUGGGACAAAGCGUCUUUCUCAAGGACGCUUGAGAUGUCCGCUCUGAUGCCUCAGAUUGAAAGACGCCCCCCUCCCACAUUUAAUCUCCUCCGCUGGAGUAAAAACUAAAGGAAUGGGUCGCGUCGAGAGUUAAGAGACCACAGUCUAUGGUACAUCUAUUUUUCUUUCAUUGCAUGAGAUGGUGUCCUUGGAAUACCGUGUGGAGGUCCUGGAGGCCCCCACAGCCAGCUGGUGGUGGUUAGAGCUCCACCUCCAGCAGCUUACCGAUGAGUCGCUGCAGGUCCACCUAUCAGAGAGCUGUUUUUCUGGCAUUUGGAUGAGUGCAUUAGGAAGCUAAAGCUAAUCUAAUCAGCUGAAUGCAGUGUUCAUAUUUAGAUGUUAUUGCUUGUGAAGGAGACAUUGCAGCGUGUUAACACUUUAAUGUCAGAAUUGCUAAUAUGAGGACUGUUCUCUGAAGCCCAUGUGACUAAAUGAGUCUAGAACCCAAGAUAGUAGAUGUGCAAAUCCUCAGAACCAGACGCUGGAACAGUGUUUGUUGGCCUUGUUGCUUGAAAAAAUUAUUGAAUUAUUUUGUGUCAAUCGACAGAUUGAGCACUGUUGCGGUGUAUAGGAAGAGUUGUGCGCUGCCACUGUGUGUGUGUCUCUCCUCUGUAUGACCUUACAGUGAGAGCCAGGACCACAGAGCACACCGUACCCACUGAUACUGAUGGGUUAUUUAAAAGGUCUAUAACAUCUGCAUAGCCCCCAUGUCGGUCCUGCUGCAUGGAGGGACCGUGUGUACAGAUGUGUGAUUAUCACGUGGGGUAAGUGGGGGCCUCUGGUCUCCCUUCUUCUGCUCUGUGACGUCCAUGUUGACUGGUAAUUGUCCUGCUGUGAGGGAUUGACACGGAGAGGAGGGUAUCCCUCUGAAGCAUGCCGGUCUCACCUCUCCAUCAGUGGACACAUCCCACUGCAGACAGCACGACCAUGGAUGGAUUCCACUUGAUGUUUGGCUGCUGCAGCAACAAACAUCUCAAGUAUAUCUCAGAUAAAUACUGCAUUAUUUCUCUUCUUUUUUUCUUCUUAAUAGCUGAUAAAGAACAUCUUAGGAAACCUGGGUUUUUUCUGAGUUUGAAAGAAGUGUGUUUUACUGCAGCGGGGGGGGGGGGGGGGUUGUCAAUCAUGGUGCAGACACAGGUGGGUGAGAUCUGUGGUCCACUGAGGGUAAGCCCACGCUAUUUAUCAAUAAUCAUCAUCUCGGUCGGUGCUGCACUGACGCGUUUCCUCUCCUGUUCCACUCCAUCUCGCCUUCUCUCUCAUCCAUAAAUGGAUCGGCACUGAAAAGGGCACAAUUUCUAUUUUCACAGUUUUCAUUUCACUUUGUUUAUUAAGGUCGAUUCUUGUUGUGAGUUAUUUCUCAACAGAGCGCCAAUUGUUUCACAUGUUGUCUCCCGGUCAAUUCAGUGUUUAUUUGUCAGUUGGUCUUUUGGACAUUCUGUUUUAUGGAUGG